AUCAUAAUUUUGGUGAGUGUAUAAGAACACUCCAUGACUCGAAGCAAAGAAAGAAAAGAAAAAUGGCAGCCAUAGCAAGUGCAUGUUACGACAGAGCAAAAGCAGUGAAAGAAUUUGAUGAGUCCAAAAUGGGAGUGAAGGGUCUCUCCGAAUCUGGCAUCAAAACCAUUCCACAAAUAUUCAUUCACCCACCAGAAACCCUCAAAGACAUAAAAUCUAAUUCCUCCAAGAAAACAACUAAUUCAAUCCCACUAAUCGACCUAUCCAACGUUAAUUCUCCAACUCACCGACCCAACAUCGUCAAACAAAUCAAAGAAGCAGCAAAAACAUGGGGCUUUUUCCAAAUCAUUAACCACAACGUACACGUGUCAGUUCUAGAAAAUACUAUCAAAGGCAUCGAAGCGUUCCAUAACCAACCACACGAAACAAAAUCCAAAUACUACAAAAGAGAUGAAGGACGUGGUGUUAUGUUCGCCAGCAACAAUGACUUGUAUAGGAGCAACGCUGCGAGCUGGCACGAUUCUCUGCAAGCAUGGAUGGCGCCGGAGGCACCGAACGGCGAUGAGUUGCCGGAGAUAUGCCGGAAAGAGAUAAUUGAAUGGGACUUGCAUGGUGGUGGUGUUACCUCAAUGAUUUUGGAGUUGCUUUCGGAAGGGUUAGGAUUGGAAAGUGGAAAAUUAAAGGAAUUGAGUUUUGGUGAAACAAGAGUUAUAGUUGGACAUUGUUACCCUUAUUGUCCUCAACCAGAUUUAACUAUGGGUAUUACACCCCAUACAGAUCCUUGUGCUAUUACUUUGUUGUUGCAGAAUCAUGUCCCCGGACUCCAGGUCAUGCACGGUGCCGACUGGGUUGAUGUUAACCCCGUUCACGGUGGUCUCAUCGUCAACGUUGGUGACUUUCUUCAGAUAAUAUCAAAUGGGGAGUACACUAGUGUUCAACACAGGGUAUUGGCCAAUUCACAUGAAAAAUCAAGAAUAUCAAUUGUGAUGUUCUUGAACUUGAGUAAAUGGAAAGGAGAAGGUUACCAUGGGCCUCUUCCUGAAUUGUUAUCUCCAAAUAAACCACCAAUUUAUCGUGAUUUCACUCAACAAGAAUUUUUUGACAACUUUUACAGCAAGGGAAUUGAUACCAAGUCUUUCAUAGACAAGGUUAAAAUUCAAAACUAAAAAGCAUCUAUAAGUAUAAAUUAAGGACAUGUUUACUAUUUCUAUUGAUUGCUUUUCUUUUUAAUUAACUUCCCUUAAGAUCAUGAACUUGGCUCUUCAGUUGUACUUCACAUCAUAUUCCGCACAAAAAUUGUUUUUUGUGUGCAUAUAUUGUAAUAUUAUGUAAUAAGUUAUGUAAUCAAAUGUGAAAUCAUAUAUACUAUAACAUCUAUCUCACAUUAUUAAAUGCA